UUCUUCGUCUUCUCCUCCUUCUCUUCUCUCAUAUAUCUACUGAUGCGAUUCAUUCGCAUUAUGUUCUGUUCGUUUCCAAUUCCUGACCCCAUGCGAGAAGAUAAGAGAUAGAGAGAGUAAAAUGGCCCCGUCUCUCAGUGUGAUUUCACCAGUUCUUUUGAUUCUAGCCGUACUUUCAACAGCACCCGGGUUUUCCAAUUCCGCGAGAAUCUUCACCAUUAUCAACAACUGCAAAGAGUCGAUAUGGCCCGCAAUCACCCCAGGCGAAAACUUCAACGGCGGCGGGUUCAUCCUGAAACCCACCCAGUCCAUCGUCUUCAAGGCCCCCGUCGGGUGGUCCGGGCGGAUAUGGGGCAGGACGGGCUGCACGUUCGACAAGAACGGCAACGGCACUUGCCAGACCGGGUCCUGCGGCUCCGAGCUCCAGUGCAAGGCCUCCGGGAAUCCCCCGGCCACACUGGCCGAGUUCACCCUCACAGCUACUGACUUCUACGACGUCAGCCUUGUCGACGGGUUCAACUUGCCCCUAGCCGUGACCCCGAUCAACGGCCAGGGGAACUGCAGCAUCGCCGGUUGCGACCAGGACGUCCGGACCACCUGCCCGUCGGAGCUGUCGGUCAAGGUCAAGGGCAAGACCGUGGCGUGCCGGAGUGCCUGCGACGUGUUCGACACAGACGAGUACUGCUGCAGAGGGGUCUACGGCAAUCCGGUGAUAUGUCAGCCCACAUAUUACUCCAAACUGUUCAAGCAAGCAUGCCCGACCGCUUAUAGCUACGCUUACGAUGAUCCCACGAGCAUCUUCACUUGUGUAGGGACUGAUUACGUGAUCACCUUUUGCUCAGCCAGGAAUCAAACGGUGUGCACGUACCAUGACAACAAGCUCGUGUGCAGCGGAUCCAACAAUGGCGUCAGAUCACAGGCCGGAAGAUUUGGAAUCUGGUUGCUCGCAUUGGCAUCACUACUUAACUUGCUGAACAUGUCUUAAAUUUCAAAA